AUGACCGUGAAAGAAUCAAAGGUAAGAAAACAGAAUACCUAUGAAAAAGCCAAGGAAUGUUUUACUUCUUACAACAGUUUUGCUUUAGUAUCCAUGGAUAAUAUAGUAUCUAAUCAACUUAAAGAGAUGAAGAGGGCAUGGGGUCCAUCUUCUACAUUUUUAACUGGUAAGAAUACUGCAAUUAGAAAAGCUCUUAAAGAACUUAAUAGAGAAGAUUUACUUGAUAAAGUUAGAGGAAAUAUUAGUUUAAUAUUUUUUAAAGAGGAUGUUAAAAAGGUUAAAGAGGUAAUAGAUCUAUUUGAAAGGGAAAGUGUAGCUAAGGUUGGUGACAUAGCACAAUCAGAUGUUUGGAUUAAGGCACAUGUUACAGGGAUGACAUCAGAAAAGACAGGAUAUUUUCAAACACUUGGUAUUCCUACUAAAAUUACGAAGGGUAAGAUUGAAAUUAUGCAAGACUUUUUAGUGUUAAAUGAUGGGGACAAGGUAGGACCUAGUCAAGCUAAUUUACUAGCACUUAUUAAUAUAAAGCCUUUUAAAUAUAAAAUGAAAAUAUUUAGUGUUUAUGAAAAUGGUGAAUUUUAUGAUCCAUCACUUAUUGAUGUAUCAGAGAAUGACAUUAAAGAGGUUUACAGUAAGGCUAUUAGAGAUGUUGCAAUGUUUAGUAUUGGAACAGAUACUAUUACACAAGCCAGUGUUCCUUAUGAAAUAAGUAGGGCCUUUAGAAAUGUUUUGAAUUUUGGAUUUGGUGCAGAAAUAAAGAUCGUUGAUUCACCAUUACCGAUGGUUUAUUAA